AUAAGUGAUGAUUAAUCUGAUCGAAAACGACAGCGUUUCCUUUCGUGAACCCAAGGGGCAAGUCAAUCAAGGGGAUCAGUUACCGGCAAGUCUCCGGCAACGAUUGUCGGAAAAUUGAAAAAUGGCGCCGGCGAAGAAAGGAAAAGCAAAGGCUGAAGCAAAGGAAACGGUUCCUUCGGAAAAACCUAAUAAUUUUCCGUCUUGUAUUCGGUGUGUGGCUCCUUCUUCCGUCGCUAUAACCAUCCACGCUAAACCCGGUUCAAAGUCCGCUUCCGUAACAGAUGUGAGCGAUGAAGCUGUUGGUGUUCAGAUUGAUGCACCGGCGAGGGAUGGUGAAGCAAAUGCUGCUCUUCUUGAUUAUAUCAGCUCUGUUUUAGGCGUAAAACGAAGACAAGUGUCUUUAGGAACCGGUUCUAAGUCAAGAGAUAAGACGGUCAUUGUGGAAGAUGUAACUCAACAAUAUGUUUUUGACGCUUUGGAUAAAGUCUCAAAACAGUAGGAAAGUGAAAAUGUGUUUUUCUUGAAGAGGCCUCUUGCUGCUCUACAAUAAUUUUCCUGAAGUGAAGGCAGAGUAUGUGAUUACCUGUUUUCCUGUUGGAAGACUAUUAAUGCCCUGGAUACUAUAAAACAAACAAGCAUGUGUUUUCUAGUUUGGCUUGCUUGUUUGUAGUGCAGCCUAGAUUUUGACAAUUUCAUGUCGAUUUCUGCUGGUUAUAUUAUAUAUUGAUGAAUGCUGGCCUCGUGUUUGUUGAGUAUCAUAUGUGACUUGUAACAUGCUCUUACAUUGUGGUA